UACAGCUGUUCUUAUCAAUCAGCUGUUAUCAGCGGAAACAAAAAGUGCACUUUACAAGGCGUCGUGUGUAAAGAUUUGGACAAGCUGCAAACCAUUUGCUGGACAUAUCUGAAGUGCACUCGAGAAGCCACCAAGUUUGCUGCCAUACUCAAAAAAUCCCCAAUCGAUCCCCGCUUACGUAAUGCUGGCCAAUCUGAGCAGACGAUUGGGUUCGCCCUUAAUCAAGCGAUUUGUGCACACGGAGCGGAAAGUCCGGGUUAAUGGGGCCGAUCUGAACAUUGUGGAGAGCGGCAGCGGAAAGCGGAGUCUGCUCCUGAUGCCCGGAGCCCUGGGUUCCGCCUGGACCGACUUUAAGCCCCAGAUCGAGCAGUUGCCGAAACUUCUACCGGAUCACACGAUCAUUGCCUGGGAUCCGCCGGGUUAUGGGAAAUCAGUGCCCCCGCAACGCAAGUUCGGACUGGAUUUCUUCCAGCAGGAUGCCCAGGCAGCCGUGGACUUGAUGCGGGCCCUGGACAGGCCAAGAUUCUCCAUUCUGGGCUGGAGCGAUGGAGGCAUCACGGCCCUCAUCGUAGCUGGUCGCCAUGCCGACGCAGUGGAGCGCCUGGCCAUCUGGGGAGCAGGUGCCUACCUUAACGCCGACGAAGUCAAGGCCCUCAAGAACAUCCGCGAUGUGGCCAAAUGGUCGCCCCGCAUGCGGGAGCCCAUGGAGAAGGUGUACGGCGUGGAGAGGUUCCCCCAACUGUGGGCCGAAUGGGUGGACGCCGCCUGCUCCUUCUACGAUCAAAAGGACGGGGAUUUUUGUCGAUCUGAAGUGGAACAAAUAAAGGCUCCCACUUUUAUACUGCACGGAAAGAAGGAUCCCAUGAUCGCAGCGGAGCACAUUCCCUGGCUAAUAGAGAAGUUGCCCCAGGCCAAAUACCAUGAGUUCCCCGAGGGCAAGCACAAUAUCCACCUACGUUAUGCGGAGGAGUUCAACAAACUGGUAGCCGAUUUCUUUAACAAAAAGGAUUAGACUAACUACUUUCUUUAAACAGUCAAAACUAUUUAACUUUAUUUCUUUAAUGGUAAAAUCAUAUAUUGAUAAUGCACUUCUAUUGAUCUAAAAGUGUUUUAUAAGUCAACCUCUCUUUUGGUAGAUAGUGAUUCGAGUUAUCUGAUUUCGACUGUAAUAGGAAAUAGGGUCCAAGGGUCCAAUAUAUUUCAAAGAAGAAACUGAUAGUUUUGAUGAAUCAAAUUCAUAUCUAAACUAAAGAAAAUUGUUUAUCUAUUGUAUGAAUCAUGUCGAAAUUAAUUGAGGAUAACCAUAUCUUUUAAGUAAUAAAAGGAAAGUGACAACUGCCGAAGAAUAACUGAAGGCCUACAGAGUGAUAAAUAAAUUUAUAAAUUAUA